GAAUAGAGAAUAGUUAUGUAAUUCCCAAGCCGAGUUCACUCAAAUGCCCUUUUUGCUUGUCUUUGCACAAAUAAUGUUUCAAAUGCACACAUAAAAUAAUAAAGCCGAAAUAUCACACUAAAAAAUAGACUUCGGUGAAGGUUCACACAAAUGGGAAAAUCUCUUUUGCUUACCCGGAAGGAGCGCGUCCUCGGACCCGUGAUUGCCUAUCUGUUGAGUGCACGGCAUCGGUGGUCCAACUUCAAGAUGGCGGUUCGGCGCUUGUAGGGAGUCGAGGUGGUGCCUAUUCUGGCUUUGGGCAUGGUGGAUUUAUAAUGGAUUCUCCAAUAUAGCUGUUCAUAACCUCCCUCGGAUAGCCCACGAGCAAUGCAGAUGGCAGAGGAUGCAGGAGACACUUGGGCACGGGUUCACAGUGGCGAAAAUAAGGGUACAAUAUUCGCUUACCAUGGAGCACGGGUUCUGGGAGAGGCUGAGUGAAAGCUGACAGCCGUGCUUACCAUGGAGCACGCGGACAACAGAAGGCUCACGGGGACACAGUGGGUGAGAGAUUCAACAUCAGCUGGACGUCAGCAACGUUGACCAACAGAUGCGAAUGGGUCGUUCGGAGAGGAUGACGGAACGGGAUGGGCUUCAAUUCAAGUCUCUGCUGCCGUUGAAGAAGACAGAAUUGGGGGCUGUUAUAACGUUGAGGAGGGGCACGGCUCUGGUUUGGGGAAGAAGGGCUUUGUGUGGGGAAAUAGAGAGAGAGAGAGGGUGUAAUGCGGAAGGGCAAUGAUACUUACGUACUGCUACUCUGCUACCCAGGCCAGUGGCUUUUUUUUUCCUUCCUUUUGCACUCUUGAGCAACGAGUCUCAGAUGUUCAGAACACAAAUUUGAUCGCGCGCCCAAAACAGUCUCGUCACUCUCUCCCUCUCCGGUCCGAGCGGCCCUCAGCACCCAUAAGCCAUAGUCAACAGUGCCGACCCGAUACAAGUUUUCUUCGACUCAGUCUCUCUUUUCUUUAUCAGAAGCCCUUGCUGUGUGGCCACCGUUCAACGGAGCAAUCUCAUGUGAGAACACUUCUCUCUCCCUCUACUUCGCCUCUCUCCUACAAAAACUCUCUCUUUCUGUGUCUCGGGUUUGUGUGAUUUGGGCUAAAUAACAGCAGGUGCUGUCCUUGCCGCCGCCAUGCACAGACCCCCUCCCGAGCCUCCAGUGGCAUUGCUGAAACUUGGAAUUAAUGGACGUCGAUGGAGGAGGCGUCUCGGCAGUUGCAACAGGAGACCGAACAAUUCCUAUACAUUCUGGGAGACAUGAAGCUUUCUAUCAGUUUACACAGCAGAAGCUCCCUGCUUGUAAACCAGUCCUAACACCAUCUUGGGUCAUUUCUAUAUUUCUAUUGAUGGGUACCAUAUUCAUUCCUAUCGGCCUUGUUACCCUUCAUGCUUCCCAAAGUGUUGUUGAAGUUGUGGACAGAUAUGAUAUUGAAUGCAUACCGGAAGCAUUUAAAAGCAAUAAGCUGGGAUAUAUCAAAGACAGCUCAAUUCCCAAAAACUGUUCUCGCUUCUUAAAGGUGUACAAACGAAUGAAAGCCCCAAUUUACAUCUACUAUCAGCUUGAUAACUACUAUCAAAACCACAGAAGGUAUGUCAAAAGUAGAAAUGAUCAGCAGCUCUUGCAUGGACUAAAGUACAAUGAUACAAGUUCCUGUAAACCUGAGCAGACCAAUAAUGGUCUUCCAAUUGUCCCGUGUGGAUUGAUAGCUUGGAGUUUGUUUAAUGAUACAUAUAAAUUUAUUCGUGGGGCAUCUGAGUUGAAGGUCAACAGAAAGAACAUAGCAUGGAAGAGUGACCGUGAUCACAAAUUUGGGAAGCAUGUAUAUCCCUUUAAUUUCCAAAAUGGGACCUUGAUUGGUGGUGGAAAGUUAGAUCCAAGAAUUCAUCUAAGUGAUCAAGAAGAUCUUAUAGUAUGGAUGCGCACUGCUGCUCUCCCUAGCUUCAGGAAGUUGUAUGGUAGAAUUGAAGAGGAUUUAAAUGCAGAUGAUGUUAUAGUAGUCAACCUAAUGAACAAUUACAACACCUACAGUUUUGGUGGGAAAAAGAAGCUUGUACUUUCAACAUCGAGCUGGUUAGGAGGGAAGAAUGACUUCCUUGGGGUUGCCUACAUUUCUGUUGGUUCUUCUUGUAUAUUUGUCUGCUUUGUUUUCAUACUGCUUCAUAUGAAAUAUCCAAGGCCUUAUGGGGGACACAACUUAUUUGUCUUGGAACAAGAGAGGCAUUUGUAGUUGAAAAGCUGAUGCUGAAUUAGGCAGAUCAAUGAUUUGAAUUUUUACAAAACAGGUCACACACAUUGGAUACUAUUACUUGAAGUCUGCUCAUUGAAGUUGCACAUUCCUGGUGUAAAGAUAUAUGGAGCUCUUUGGAUAUGCAGAAGACACCUUAACAAUUCGGAAACUUGAUAGUCGGUUUUAAGGUGUUCUAGUUUUUGCAAGUUACCUAUCUUCCCUUUGUUACUAUGACAUUUGUGAUUAUAAUCAUUUACAUAGAGAGGAUUGGUCAUCAAUGGAUGAUGACUUUGAACAUCAUAUGUUUGCAUUGAUCUUGAAAGACCGUGGCUGAAUCUGAGAGUGUAUACCGAUGUACUGAUUGUCAAAAUUUGAUAUC